AUGAGCACGAGUAGAUAUGUGGCCAAAAAGCUUCAGCCAUUUAUCACUUCCAGGGCAGAUCUGACUUAGUAAUUUGAAAAAUUGGAGAAGGAGUAGAAGGAAGAGGAAAGACUUAAUGAUUAAUACUUCGAUCAAUUGGGAAAAUUGGAAAAAGUAAAAUAGAAAAUCAUCCAUAAACUUAGGAAUACGACACUCUUGCCCACAUUUUGGAAGAUUAUGGGAAGAAAACGGUUGGUAAAUAGAAUGGAGAUAGCGAUUAAGAUUAAAAUUUAGAUUCUCGGAUUGAAAAAGCAGUUAUUGAGACUUUGGGUUUGUAUUUGUUAGCGGGUAGUCGAAAAGAAUAAUUAGAAGCAUUAUAAGAAAGAGAAAUGGCUAAAAAAUAAACUGCCUUGAAUCUCACUCUUGGGAAGACUGCCGUAAACGAUUUAAAAAUAUUAGAAGAUAGUAAUGAAUUAAAUGAGGAAGAAUAUGGUUAUUAUGUAACAUUGAAGUCUGAUGAUGCUUGUAUGCAAGUUAAAAUACCUGCAACAAUUAAGACCUUUAAAGAAUUGAAGUAGAUCAUUAAAACUUGCUUCAUGCUUGAAGAAAAUUAAAUAUUUUGCACAGAUCAGAUGGGCAAUUUAUUCUAAGAUAAUAUGAUUUUGUUAGAUCAAAUUUAUCCUCCUCUUUACGAUCUAAUGAAAAAAUAUCAACCCAUGGUAGGAAUCUAAGUAGUUAAGUAAGUUAAACUCAAAGAAUUUAUUCAGAGUGGUGAUGAAAGUUUGAUGUCUGAUGAUGGAGCAAGGUUUUUCAUUAAAAGAUAUUAAACAGCCAAACCUGUUUAGAAAAAAAUCGAUUGGAGUUAAUAUCUAGGCUAUUUAAACAAAUUUAAAUAUUUUAUUGAAACAGUUUUGUUUCUCAUAGUUCUAGGAUUAUUUUUAGUUGUUCAAAUCGAUUAAGUUAAAUUUACUACAAGUUCUUCUGUUAUCACUUCAUUUAGUAAGCAAAUGCAGAUUUCUAAAUCUCUUCUAUCGCCAAUCAAAAACAUUUCACAGCUUAUAAAUCAAACGCUCUCAUACAGCAAUGAUAACCAUUAAUAUCCUUCGUAUCCUUUAAUAACUGGUUUGCUAAUCUAAACACUAGUCAAACAAGUAAUUUAUAAUUUCAUCUAGGAAAAAUUUGAAGAUUGUUCUAUUUUGAAUAACAAUUAGAAAUAAAUGUUUAUUGAUAAAAAUUAAAGUUGCUUAGAUUUUUCCACUGUUUUAAUGGAUAAUUUGACUGAAGAUUACGAAUUCAAUAAGUUUAAUCCAUCUGUGUACAACCAACAAUUUGGAGGAUAUGUCUGGGAGUUGAAUUUAGCAUCCUAAGAGGAUUUCAAUUAAAAUAUUGAACUGCUCUUUGAAAAGAAUUGGAUUAAAUAUAAUAUUAAGUAAUCAUAAUUCAUUUUAAAUUAUUUCAACUCUCCCACAAAAAGGCUAAUUUAAGUGGUUAUUACAACAAUUUACUUGUUUAAUGAUGUAGAUACUUAUUUUAAUUUAGAUGUUAUUAAAUUUUAACACUAUUACCUUAGACUCAUUUGAUCUUAACAAACCUUCAGAAACUGAAGAUCUUUAUGAUGAAAUUCUAUUUUAUUUAUCCAUCCUCCUCUUGUCUUCAUCAUUUCUAGGUAAGGAUUAUAUAAUAAAUUCUAGAUUUCUUUUCCAUAUAUUUAAAAACAUCAAAGAACCCUUUUGUUCUGUUGUAUUAAUCUUAUACUGAACUAAAAAGCAAAUAAAGAAAGUUAUAAUCCAAAAAAAAAGAAUUAUCAACCUUAGAACAACAAGAUUUGCAGUAGAAAGAAUUAAUUGUUGGAGAUUAUUUUAUCCUUAAAGUAUCUGUAGUUUAUAUUGUGAUUAAGAUACCUUUGAUAUUUGACUUUGUUUGUACAAUACAUUACUAUAUUAGAUAUUCUAUCAAAUAUUGCCAUAUUAAUUAGAGGAUCGAUAUAAAGGAGUUAUUAGGAUGCGCUAGAUGAUAUUUAAAUAAAUUCAACGGAAUUUUAGGAUGCGUCUUAAUUAAUAGUUCCAGCAUUUUUGUUGAGAAUCUUUACAGGAAUUUUAGUUAUAUUUUUGAUGACUUCAAUAAUUCGAUUCUUAGGUAAUUGGAGUCCCUAUCUCAAAUGUUAUGGAUUAGUGAUGAUAAGAGUAAACUAUUUGAUCAUCAUAUUAGUUCAAUAAAUAAUCUUCAUUUUUAUUAUUAGUUCUCAUAUUUAUUAUUAGUAUCAGUGCUAUGUCAUGGUCUAUAACAAUUCAAGGAAAGUUAAUAGGAUAGGAUAAUUUCUUAUAUGAUUUCCUUGGCUUAUUACGUUGUACAUUAAAAUACGGAAUGCAUAAUGACCUAGAAGAUUAAGGACUAGAAAACAAUUAUUAAAAAGAAAUUAGUUAUUCUUUUGAUACUAGAUAUGUAUUUAAGAUCUUUAAUAUUAAGCUAUAAUAUUUGAUAGUUUUAGUUAUUACUUUUAUCAUGAUUCCAAUAUUCAUCUCCCUAAUGACAUAGCAAGUACACAAUACUAAACUAGAAGCAAAACAAAAAAUGAUCGAGAUGGAAAAGGAGAAAAAAGAAGAAUAGUAAAAAAAAAAAUGA